AUGUCAUCCAGGCGACCCCGGGCUACAUUAGUCCAAAAAAUUCAAGUUCUAGAUUUUUACCAUCAAUCAAAUCGACCUCAACUGGAAACAGUAAAUAGAUUCAAAGAUGAAUUCUCAAUAUCAACAUCAUCGUUAAGUGAAUGGAUCAAAAUGGAACCUGAACUACGAGAAAGAUUGACUUCAAAUGGAGCAUCAAUCAAUAAAAAUAGUAGAAGGAAAGGAAGAUUCAAAUAUGAAGAAAUCAAUCAUGCGAUGGAUUUAUUAGUUAAGAAAAAGCGAGAAAGAAAUGAGCCAAUAACGGAACGUGUGUUACGAGAACACUGGGUUGUAUGUGCUCAUCAAUAUGGAGUAGAUAACCCUAAAAGAUUAGUAGGAUUCAGUCAUGGUUGGUUAAGUCAAUUCAAAAAAAGACAUGGUCUUACGAGUAGUAAAGUUGGCCGAUCUCCUGGUAAAACACCCACCAUAGUAGGAUCAAAUAAUUCCAACGCAGCAGAAGCUAACGUUGCUUCAUUACUUACAGCAAAUGAACAACCAACACAAAGUCUAGAAGAAAAUUAUGAUACGCGGUUCAUAUCAGUUGCCGGAUCUGAAAGCCCAACGAAUGCAGCCAGCAAUAAACUACAGGAACCAACUACAGCUAAAAGAGACAUAGAUAGACCUAGAGAUAGUACGAUAAGACUGCAGUCCCGAGAAAGUAGGACCAGUAAUAACUUCACUCCACGAGAGACUCAAAUCGACGAAAGUACAUAUGAGAUGGUUAUGUCAUCUCAACAAAAAGCAACUAAUAAUGAUGAUGGAACAAUCUCAAGAAAUCAAUUCCGUCCUCAAGAAGGGUUGAGCUUUUCCAAUACACCUUCCAUUGCAGGAUUUGGAGCAUAUAAUGAUGGAAGAAAAUCACAAAAAUCACAAAUCAAUACCAACAUCCAAACCCAACAACAGCAGCAACAGCAACACAUUCAGCAGUUACAGCAAGUCCAACAUCCAUCGACCCAAACACAACAACAGCUUCAGCUUCAACCACAACCACAACCACAACAACCACAACAGCGUAUAAGUCCUCCGGUUCCACCUCAAUCUCAAAUCCAACAACCCUCAGUUUCUCGACACACUAGUUCUCAUAGUACACAACAACAAAAUGUACGAGAUAUAGAUAUGAUGGGGUCUAAUAGUCAAGGAUAUCAACAAUCAAUAAGGGCUCAAUACGAGAAACAGCGUCAAAAACUCGAUCAAUCGAAUUUACAACAAGUUGUUAGGGCCGGAACGCCUGUCCAUGGUUCGGAAAGACCUCCACAUUCAAGAAACCCCCAUUCCAAUGAGAACAUCAGUCAAUCUAAAAGCGGUUCACGGGUUCCGGUUGUGGCGGAUAGGGAUGCGUCAGCUCAUCAAUCGUCUCUUGAUGGGACUAGUGAGAGUUUGACUGAUUUGAAUAGACCAAUUAAUGCGUAUGAUAUUGAGAGAUUUAUAUAUGUGUUUGCGGAUCGAUUUUUCCAUGUGCAUCAGUAUGAUUAUCCCCAGACUGUGAAGGUGUUUCAGGAUUUUAAAGAUUCGUUCUUUAAUGAGAGAUUGAUAAAUAUGAGGUCGGAGAAACAACAGAAACAACAGCAAAAACAACAACAAGCGCAGCAGCAAGCACAACAGCAAGCACAACAACAACCUGCACAUGUUCAACAACCACAGCAAGCACAGCAACAGGUUCAAUCACAACAGCAUCAGUCACAGCACGAGCUUGCCGAGCAUACUCCACUGCAACAUCAAUCACAACAGCACCAAGUGCGUGAACGUAUACCACAGCACCAAGGAGAUCGUAUUCAAAAACAAUCUCAACACACCCACCAUCAACAGCAAUACGAACAACAGCAACAGCAACAGCUACGUCACCAACUCCAUCAGCAACAAGGAAAUGGCCGUCCGACUCCACAACAAAUGUCAUCGUUUGUCACGUCUACUAGCGACAAGCCUUCACCACUUGGAACUACGCCAUCAAUGAUCCCUACGCCGUUGAAUCAACAUCUUAACUUACAUCGACAACAUCACCAACUGAACCAACGACAACCACCAACUCUACCGACGCCAGGACUUACACAUUCUCAAUCAUCUACUUCUCGAAGUGAACAAGAGUUGAGACAGGCGUCAAUAGAUACAUUGACACAAUUGCAAUUACGCGAAAGUGGACAAAUUCGUCAAUCUCAACAACAACAGCAACAGCAACAACAAGCUAGUCAUCGUCAUUCGCAACAACAUUCUCAAAGAAGUCUGCAUCAACAACAGCAACAGAUACAACAAAUGCAGCAACAACAGCAAUUUGAUGAGUUUCUUCUACGUUCCAUAAACACGUCAAAUCCCAAUCCUUUAAUGCAUUCUGCGAAUCAAGGAUUACCGCUCACGGAAGCCAUGUUAGGAAGAAAUCUCCAACCGCAACAGCAGCAACAACAACAGCAGCAACAGCAGCAGCAACCGCAACAAGGGCAACAACAGCUACAUCAUCAACAACAACAACAGGCAUCCCUUUCGAUGAGAGGCAAUAAAAAUACUAGAGUUAAUAUAGAUCACAUCAAGAAUAGAUGGAAUGAAAACGCAUGA